GACGCCUACCUGCUGGCAGUAGUUAUCUGACACCUGUAACGGAAAGACGUGACCUGGUAACUGUAAAUUGUGUGUUGGUGUGUACACUGUACAUUGUGAUUUGUAUUGAAAGCUAAACUAUUGUACACAGUUGUAUAGGACUGUUUAAUAACAAAUUGUGACUAGAAUGUAACAGUUACACCAAUCAAUUCCUCGUGUUUUCAAUGUUUAAAGAGAUGUGAACGCAGGCAGGGUGAGGUGUGGUUUAGAAACCGGUUUGUGACGAGAGAAGGAGGAAUCUGGCAAAAAUGAGGCCUCAUCCUAGAUUGAGCCCGGAGCGACGGGUGAGCCCCACUAGGAGUAGGAGGUCUAAACAUAGUCCUAUCAGAGAAAUGAGCAGAGAAGCGGAGGAGGGUCCGACACCUAUCUGUAGAUGUAGAGUUUUAUAUCUCGGUUCAUCCGUCCCACAUAUAACCAAGGACGGGUUACAAGGUAUCCAGGAGCCCUUGAAGGAACUCUACCCAGAGGAGGGUGCUCUGGGAGCCAAAGGAAUCGACUCCUGGUUAUCUGUCUGGAGCAAUGGUUUCCUCCUGGAGAAUGUUGAUGAGAAUAGAAAGAAGGUUUCAAGGUUCUUCCCAAUAGAUUCUCUUCAUUAUUGUGCUGCUGUAAGAUAUGUACAGGUCCCAGGAACAUCUGGAGAAAAGGUUCAGAGAUUUCUUCCCCUGGAUUCUCCCUUUGCUAGGAAUCCAAAUAUCAAUCAUCCGCCACUCUUCGCGGCAAUACUAAGGCGCACUACAGGGAUCAAAGUUCUAGAAUGUCAUGUGUUUAUUUGUAAACGAGAAACUGCUGCAAAUGCACUCGUCAGAUGUUCCUUCCAUGCCUACGCAGACUCAACAUACGCAAAACAUUUAGAAAACGGUGCGUCAAUCUAUGGGACAGUGGGAAACCCCACCCCCCUGCCACCCAUGAUGCAGGGGGGUGCACAAACCUUCCUGGGUAACGGAGAGAUGAACAGAGAGUAUCAGCAAAGUAUGCUCGAAGUUUCGGACGAUUCAAUCACAUCAGUGGACAGAUAUGACGAGUAUAGUCCUAUGCAGAAUGGUGGCAUAUCGUCCAACCCUCUAGGAGGCGUAUCGACACAUCCGGCCGGAAACUCCCGGACGAAUCUUGUUCCUAACGGUGCCUCUAGUCCGACUGAAAAUGGUGUACCACCGGGUCUAGAAGAUAUCUCGGUGUACAACGGCGAUGACAACCACAAGGUCUGGGCGGGGGAGCCCGGAGAUCCCGCCGAAAUCUACGGCGAUUACGGCACUAUGCGUACCUUCAAAAGUUCCGCCUCCGGCAUAUCUAGCCGGCAGCGUGUCCGCCAAAUGAGAAUGGAAUCCCCGCCGCCUCCGCCUAUACAAGAAGAUCUGGUCAGAGAAGAGAAGAAGGAGAAGAAAAAGAAGAAGAAGAAGUCACGUGAUACAACGGACGACGGAAUGUCUUUAGUAAACGGAAACGGAAAUAUCCGCGGAGGGAGAGGGGAAGGUAGUCUCAUGGGGGGACGGAAGAUGAGUGCCGGAAGCUUCAUGGGAAUAACUCCCAACGGACGUCCACCAAUGAACGGAGGACCUCCUCGUGGAAAUCACGGACCUCCAGGACCUCCUCAUGGUUUUCCUGGACCACAUGGUCCGCCUGGACCACCUGGACCUGGCGGACCUCCUCUAAUGAUGUAUCCAGGUUCUAGAUCUAAAAAAUCUGGUUCCUUCGCUUCCCGUCCCAAGGGCAUGCCGCGACCCAUUCCUCCAUACAUGAUGUUUGGUCCUGGCAUGCCGCCACCACCCCCAGGAUACAUGAUGCCUCCUGGACCCCCUCCCCACCUCAUGCCACCACCAGGACAUCCUAUAUACGGCCAACCGCCUUUUUUGGGACACUUCCCCAUGGCCGGUGGCCGACCGGACUCUCAGGUGAUGGAAGAACCGAUCUAUAUGCCUCACAAUGCCCGACCCUUAUCUCCAGUGGCCAGCUACCAACCAGGACAUUUCCCUCAUGAAAUGUACUACAGUCAGCAGCAGUAUGCUACAAUAGAUAAGGCGGGGAAACAUAGAAAACAAAAAUCAAAUAAACAUAAACAUCAACAGGAGGAGGACUCAGAGUAUGGCGGAACCGGUAUUUAUAAGAGAGAGCAUAUAAACGAGAGAGCGUUUGCUCAUUCGAUGCGAAACGAGCAUAGAUCUAGAUCCUACGGCUCUUUGGCAAACCUAGAGUUCGAACCUGCCGGGGAACCUGAACCUGGAGCAGGGUUUAAUCAGAGCAAGGAGAUCCUACAGAUUAUGGAUGAUUUACACUUGGACGAAGAUCAAAUUGAGAGAAGAGAGGUUCCAUCAGACUUUUAUCCACCUCCUCGCAAUCACAGAGGCCAAGGGGGUCCGCCGCCUAUAUUCUUAGGGGCCCAGGUGCCGCAAGGACCUCCACCAGGGCGGAGACGUCGGUAACAACCUUCGCUCUCAAUUGCCAGAAAACAUAUAAAAUGUAGGAACAAAAUACAGAAAACUUCGCAACAUAAACUGGUAUUUUGCCGGUGCCGGUUCGUGAUUGGAACUAUAUGCACAAGGUUGGCAGAGUCGGUGAACCAUGCAAUCUUAGGAACCGGUUUCAAAUAAAAAAGUGCCAUUUUAAUCAACUUCUGCUACAGCUCAAUGUUUUAUGUACACAAUUCUAAUUCUAGUGUGAAGUACAAUUAAGUACGUGCUAUGUACAUCAUCUUUUGUUGUACAAGCAUAAUGUGAGUACAUUGGAGAACAAAUAGUGAAUGGUGAAAAAAAGAACGUAUAGGUGAACCUGUUAUAGAAUUAUUUUACUCUGUGAUUUAUUUUGUAUUAGAUGAGAAGACAAUUUUUGGAAAUCUUUUACCCAUGGCCCAACCUUAUGUCCAUGGCCCAUGUAUGAUUAAUAUUUCUACCCUUCACGAUCCAAUCAAGAUCCAGGAUCCAUGGUCCAUUUCCCCAGCCCUUGGUCUACUCUAUAAAAUGGUCCAAUUUUCUUUCCAUUUUUGGACCCUUUAUCCAUAUGUUUUACAAAGUAAAGCUGUAAUAUUUUGUUAAAUUAAAAAUCAAAUUGUUGAAAAAUAUUGAUCUAGAUGUUAAUUACUAAAGGUUCAAUGAUAAAUUUACAAGACAAGAUUUAAAAAUGAAGAAAAGAAGAACUUAAAUUUCUUUUUGCAAGUCUUGUUUACAAAAUAUUGAUUGGUUUGAAUGUUUACAUACCAAUUAUACUGUGUUAUUAAUUAUCAUCAAUAUUAUAUA